UGUUACUGUCAGUUGGCUGUCUCUUCGUAUUUUAUUUUUGGGAUAAAUAUCAUAUGCGAGUGAUAUUCGAUAUUUGUGUGUAAAUAUGAGUGCAGGAUCUAAUAAAAUGGAUUCCAAUAUCACUAGUUCGUGGGUCAAUUUCUUCACCGCCGCUGGGAUACCUUCGGAGGUGGGAGCCACCUACGCUAUCACCUUCACGGAGAAUCGGAUUCAAAAUGAUAUGUUGCUUGACUUAAACAAGGAAUAUCUAAGAGAUAUGGGCAUCACAAGGAUGGGAGAUAUAAUAGCCAUAUUAAGACAUGCUAAAAUGGUGCACGAGAGUACGGCCAGGGAAAGGGUGUUGAGCACAACGGUGGCUAGCAACAAGGUGCCCGUGGCUGCCGUCACUGGCAGAGCUACCGUUACCCAACCCUCAUCUCCUGCGAGUCGCAUGUUAGAACACUACACCAGGAACCCUCAAGUACAAGAGACUCCUCCGCUGAGAGCCGCACCGCAGAAACGGAAGUCCAGUGAACUGAACCCAGAAGAUAAGAAUGUUAAGAAGUCUCGUCUCAUCAGAUUCGGUACUCCUCCACAGACAGCCGUCACCACUAAGGAAGCAGCUCAAAAUAAGACUGUUUUCGCACGUCUUGGUCAUUCAGAUCCAGUACCGGAUGUUCCUCAAAAGGUCGGAAAGAAAGUGUUUUCCAGACUCGGUGCCAAGGACAACAAGGAAAAAGACCAGGUCGUGCCCAUCGAAAAGGACGCUCUCAAAUACGAGGGUAUCUUGAAAACCAGUCCGGAGCCCAGGAAAGUGUUCACCGUCACCACAUCGGUAAAUAAUAUUAGGAAAAUAGCGUUAGGCACCAUGAGGGCUGAUGAGACGCCGGUCAGUGUGAAGGACAAACUGGCCAUUGCCCGAGCGAAAUCCGUGAAAUUCUCAAAUCGCGUGGAGUAUAAAGAAAUAGAAGCAGUCAACAAGGUCCAGCUCAAGCCCAGGCUCACAACCGUCUUUAAUAAACCGGAGAGGAGGUUGGCCAUGCCGGAGAACACGGGCGUCAAGGCCAGGCUGGGAAACAAACGCGCCGGCGCCACCAAGAUGGCCGCCGUCAACAAGAUGGCGGUCGGCACCAAAAAACAAAACGCGCAGAGUAAAUUCACCAUAACUAGGAACGUCUUCAACAGACUGGGCGUUUGAUGAUGUCAUUGUUUAUAAUGUACCUAAUGGUAAGGAAAGGACUUUGUAAACGGUAAGAAUUAUUUUCUUUACGUUUGAUAAAAGUUUUCAAUAAUGAGAGAUAGCUAGCGUGCUACACGAGAGUGUUGCUAGUUAUAAAAUUUGGAUUGAUUUAAUAAUCUCUCGUUUUUUAUGUUAUUUGACUGUAACUGUUUUUAUGUUUUCUGUAAAAUACAUGUGAAAAAUAUUUGUAUCUCACGACUAACAGUGUUAAGUAGGCUUAAAACUUGGACUUUAAUUAAUAGUGUAUAUAGAUAAUAAAUAGUGUGUAAAGAUUGGAAAAAAUGAAUCUAUAUUAAUAAUAAAAAAAACUGUCAUUUAA